CAAAGUACCCGAGGCCAGAUUUGAUACAUCAUUGAUUGGUCUAAAAUGGCUGGGCUUUUGUCCGAGUAAGUUCCUGAAGCCAUCGCAGACGCUCCGCACCCAGGUGCAUUUGGCAUUAGUGUCCGAGAUUAAUUAACCCAGGAGGUCAAAAUGAUCCUCAACUCUUCCACUGACGAUGGUAUUAAAAGAAUCCAAGAUGACUGUCCCAAAGCUGGACGGCACAAUUACAUAUUUGUCAUGAUCCCUACUUUAUACAGCAUCAUCUUUGUGGUGGGAAUAUUUGGAAACAGCUUGGUGGUGAUUGUCAUUUACUUUUACAUGAAACUGAAGACCGUGGCCAGUGUCUUUCUCUUGAAUUUAGCGCUGGCUGACUUAUGCUUUUUACUGACUUUGCCACUGUGGGCCGUCUACACUGCUAUGGAAUACCGCUGGCCCUUCGGCAAUUACCUGUGUAAGAUCGCGUCGGCCAGUGUCAGCUUCAACCUCUAUGCCAGUGUGUUUCUACUCACGUGUCUGAGCAUCGAUCGCUACCUGGCUAUCGUUCACCCAAUGAAGUCCCGCCUUCGGCGCACAAUGCUUGUGGCCAAAGUCACCUGCAUCACUAUCUGGCUGCUGGCUGGCUUGGCCAGUUUGCCAACUAUCAUCCACCGAAACGUGUUUUUCAUUGAGAACACCAACAUCACAGUGUGUGCUUUCCAUUACGAACUCCAAAAUUCAACCCUCCCCGCAGGGCUGGGCCUGACCAAGAAUAUUCUGGGUUUCCUGUUUCCUUUUCUCAUCAUUCUUACAAGUUACACUCUUAUUUGGAAGGCCCUAAAGAAGGCUUAUGAAAUUCAGAAGAGCAAGCAGAGAAAUGAUGAUAUUUUCAAGAUAAUCAUGGCAAUUGUGCUUUUCUUUUUCUUCUCCUGGGUUCCCCAUCAAAUUUUCACUUUCCUGGAUGUUCUGAUUCAGCUGGGCAUCAUAAAUGACUGUAAAAUCACAGAUAUUGUUGACACCGCCAUGCCCAUCACUAUCUGCAUAGCUUAUUUUAACAACUGCCUCAAUCCUCUCUUCUAUGGCUUUCUUGGGAAAAAAUUUAAAAAAUAUUUUCUCCAGCUUCUGAAGUACAUCCCUCCAAAGGCCAAGUCCCACUCCAGUCUAUCCACAAAAAUGAGCACGCUUUCCUACCGCCCCUCGGAUAAUGGAAACUCAUCCACCAAGAAGCCUGCCCCGUGCGUUGAGGUUGAGUAACACCCUGGGAGCCUGUCUGUAAUGUAAGCUUGUGGCAAAGGGCGCAAGAGAAGGGUUCCUCGACAGCACUUCCCUACCAAAGAAGCAUCAGCUACUUUUCAGAAACUUAAGAAGUGGAUUACGUGGACUGAACUGACUUUUCUAAAGCUCUGAACAAAAGAUUUUCCUUUGCAACUAAACAAAGCAAAGCAACACUUGCCACAUUUUGCUUUAGAUAGAUGAUGGCUGCCCAAAGACCAGUGUCAGAGACCGGAUGACUGCGUUGAUUUGGAAAAAUUUCACUGGCGGAAA